CAGAGCCUUUUACCAGCUGCCACACUCAGUGAAGAUGUUUCGUCCUACUGCGGAGGCUUUGGCUAUUAAACGAAUCCAGAACGAGUUACUUGCCUUCUCUCAAGAUCCCCCAGUUCAGUGUUCUGCAGGGCCAGUGGCAGGAAAUAUGUUUCAAUGGCAAGCGACCAUAAUGGGGCCCCAAGACAGCCCCUAUCAGGGAGGGUUUUUUUCCCUCUCCAUCCACUUUCCGAUCAAUUACCCCUUCAAGGCCCCAAAAGUUUCGUUUAUAACCAGAAUUUACCAUCCAAACAUCAACAAGAACGGAAACAUCUGUCUAGAUAUUUUGAAUUCUGAAUGGUCACCUGUUCUUACGAUUUCCAAUGUUCUUCUUUCUAUCUACUCUCUGUUGUGCGAUCCAAACCCAGACAAGCCUCUGGUCCCUGAAAUUGCGAAGAUCUACCUCACGGAUUUAAAAAUGUAUAAUACAUUGGCUCGAGAGUGGACCAAGAAAUACGCAAUGUAAUUUCAGCAUGUUAUGGUCAUAAUAAUAAAAACAGGUGGUUGACU